GUGGACCCCAUUUGGUCCUUUUCUAACCAGAGCAUCAGAGAAUAAAGAUGCCUCUCGCAAGAGACAUACUGCAUCCCUCUCCGGAGGAGGAAAGGAGCAAAUGUAAACUGAAGCGUUUAGUGCAGAGUCCAAACAGUUACUUCAUGGAUGUCAAAUGCCCCGGCUGCUACAAAAUAACGACGGUUUUUAGUCACGCCCAGACAGUCGUGUUAUGCGUGGGCUGUGCCACAGUCCUUUGCCAACCCACGGGGGGUAAAGCCAGAUUAACAGAAGGGUGUUCAUUCCGAAGGAAACAGCACUAGAUUGAGAGCGGAGAUAUGUGAAUGACUGACCAGUCGUGGUUUGAGGGUUGAUGGUGCCUGGAAGAAAUGAAACUGUUAAAACAAAACUUGAGAUUUAAAAAAAACACUUGUUUUCAACUAUUGACUGUGAUGAUGUUAACUGAUUAUAUUGGCUUGUAAUAAUCUUGAAGCUCUAAUAAAAGUACCUGGGUAUCUCUUCCCUCUAAACAA